GGGGGCGCAAUCGCGCGAAUGGUGUUCAGCGAUGGGGGGGCCGCGGCGCAUGUCCAGUGCGCUGCUGCUGCCCUUUGCCUUGCUGUCUCUGCCUACUGCGGACGCGGCCAAUACCACUUACAGGGACGAACUGGAAUCAUCAUUGCGCCUAGUUCACGCGGUUGCGAGUGGGGCCACGGGUGCGUUGUGCGUCACCCAGCGGUAUGGAAGGCUACUGGCUCCACUACAUGUGAGCAGGUGGGACUCUGUCCGCGCCAGGGCAGACCUCGCCGCGAACAUACUCCAUCAGUUAGGAUUAGAGAAUGCUGAUUUUCUCACGGCCGUUUCCCAAGGGCUAGUGAUGGGGGCGACGAUUCCAGAACGUGCUGUUGGGGCAAGGGCCAUAGCCUUGCGUGCUGAUGGCGUUGUCAACAGCGCUGUGGCCUGGCAGAGGUUUGGGACAGCUGACCCUGUGGUGUCUGCUUCGCCGCCCUUGGAGGAACAGCCUAAUCCUGAAUACCCUUGGUACGAAUCAGUUCACAACAGCAAAACACUUCGAUCUACAAAGUUCAUGCCUCCAAGCCCUGGGGCCACCAUGGAGGGGUGGUGGACAUACCCUUAUUACAACUGCGAAGCGAAACGCUGGUUGCUGUCAUAUACUGUGCCCGUUGCUACAAUCCGAGGGUUAAAAGGCAUCGUUUCGCUGGAUAUAGACAUAUCUAGUUUAGAGAUCAACCAGUGCGAAGUUAUCGCUGAUGAAGAAAAUGAUAACCAAAUAUAUUCUUUCCACGGCACCCAUAAGUGCCCUAAUGAGACCACUUACUGUGAAUACAAACCGAAUAGAGAAGUAACUGUACGACAUUCGGGAUGGGCCCGUGGACUGUACAUUUGCAGAUGUCGCCCAGGAUAUUACUCUAUAAAUCAUCCAGAGGGAUUUAACGGGUCUUUAGUAGAAGUUGCGUAUCAAGAAUAUCAAGAAAACCGAUUAGAUAACUGGAGCGAACCGUACGAGUGUUUAAAAUGCCAACCUGGUUGCGAAACAUGCCGCGGUCCAGAGCCCUGCCUGGCAACUUACAACUGGCCUUUUCGGAUAUCCCUCCUAGUAAUAUCAGUGAGUUGUGCUGUGAUGACGGUUCUACUAGCCAUCUACACAAGACACCAUCGGCGAGUGAAGGUGUUCCGGGUAGCGAGCCCGGUCUUCCUGUCCAUUACGUUACUGGGAUGUGCUAUUAUGUAUAUGGAGAUGGCAGCUAUAUUCCCAGUGUUGGAUAGAUAUUCAUGUAUAGCGACAAAAUGGACUCGACACAUGGGAUUUUGUAUCACGUACACUGCCUUGCUCAUGAAAACAUGGAGGGUAUCCCUUACAUACCGAGUGAAGUCUGCCCAUAAGUUGAAGUUGACCGACAAACAAUUAUUACAAUGGAUGGCGCCGAUUCUUCUCAUCAUGCUGGUCUACUUGGGGACGUGGACGCUGUCCGCGCCGCCCGAUGCUGAAGUUAUCAAAGACAAUAAAGGAUUGAAAUUCAAGCAAUGCACGUAUAACUGGUGGGAUCAUAGUUUAGCUAUAGGUGAAAUUCUUUUUCUACUAUGGGGCGUGAGAGUGUGCUAUCGGGUUAGACACGCCGAGAGUCUGUACAACGAGGCGCGGCUCAUAUCCAUAGCUAUUUACAACAUCUUCACCGUCAACUCUAUGAUGAUCGCUUUCCAUUUACUCAUCCUGCCACAAGCCGGGCCGGACAUAAAAUAUCUUUUAGGAUUUAUUAGAACACAGCUGUCAACAUCCACCACAGUGUUAUUGGUAUUCUUACCUAAGGUGCUACGCGUAGUUCGCGGUACGGGAGAUACGUGGGACAGCCGAGCUCGAGCCCGAGGCGUUCCCGCCUCGUCUUCCCUCAACGGCAUCGGGUUAGUGCCUGACGAACCUCCCGACCUCUAUCAGGAGAACGAGGAACUAAAGGAGGAAGUGCAAAAGCUAGCAGCUCAAAUAGAAUUCAUGAAGAUAGUACAAAUGGAGAUGCACAACAGACAUUUGAGGCCCCGCGUCGGCAGUUAUUUCACGGCUAAUGCCAGCGCCAACGCUAAACAGAGUCCGAUGCAUCCUAACACUGUCAACAUUACACAGUCAAUGGACAGCACGGAGUGGGCGGGCCCCGUGUGACUGGUGGCGCUGAGCGACGGCGGCUGGGCGUGGCCGGGCGCGCGGCCCGCCGGCGCGCGCGUGCGCAGGCGGCCCGACGCGCGCGCGCCCGCCUUCGUGUGACAUUAUAUAUUUACAAAUAAAGAUAUGUUGUAUCAUUUAGUUCAACGUUCGUUUCUAAAACGCUAGUGAUGAAGAAGCGGAGGAGUAAACUGGCUGCAGUUUUGUUAUAACGAGUAGAACUGUGAGCUUGCAUGUGACGCGUGGUCGUGCUUUAUAAAUAAAAAUAUAUUUAUUUUUAGAAUACCUUAUUCGAGGUUCGCUUUUAACUAGUGACGGUUAGCGACAGCGAGGAGGCGUGUGUCAGCGCCAGGCCAUUAUGUUAGUUGGCGUAGUGAAACUCAAUAGUUAGAAACUUGAAGCAGGAUGUGCGCCCGUUUUCGUGUGACCAUACGAAGACUCGCCCAUACGUUUUAAUAUUUUCAAAUAAGAUGUCAGUACAAUGUAGCUUUUUGAGAGAAAGUGAAAAAAAUAAAGAAACAACACUAUGUUAGCUAACAUGCAACUAUAAGUACCUACUUGAUUUUUUGGAUGCCAUAAAAUUGAAAAUUACUCAUGAAAAAAAAAAAUAAUUUAAUUUAUCAGGAUUUUUUAAACACUAGUUAAAUUAAAGAAGAAAUAUAAAGCCAGUGAAUUUUUUUUAUGCCACCAUAACUUGGUUUGCAAUGCCCCUUUGUGUGGAAUUUUGAUAUUUUAUAAAUUUGUAUAGGAACUUUUGUCUCCCAUGUGGUAGUCAUUCUGUAGAUUUGGUUGGUUUAACGUCGGCAUGCAAAGAAAAUAAAUAUAUAAGACUAGAUAAUAUGUAGUUAUUGACUUCAUCAAAGUCGUACUUAUGUAGGUAUAAUUUCGAAAUGUAAGCUGUGAGAUGAGGGGAUUCUUAAACUGUUGUUUACAGGAAUUUUAUUUGUAAGUAUCUACCUAUGUAGUUAUUUUUUUAUAGUUGGUAAUGUAUUUAAAAAUAUCUAUUUAACAUGAAAAAAGUUAAAUCGCUAUUAGAUGAGUCCCAAAGAGUCCCAAUUUUUUCAAUAGAAAUAUAGUCGGGGCUGUGAGAGGAAUUCAAUCGACAAUUGCAAAGUUAAUACAUUCAAGCAACAAAUAAUAACACCAUGUUUCAUAUCAAUUAUUAACUUUAAAAAUUAAAUCACUGGUUUUAAAAAUCGAAUUCAUAAAAAGAAUAUUUAAACUCCAUUAAAUUUUAACGUAAUUAAUGAACUUAUUGCUAAUAGCAUUCUUUGUAAGUAAUGAUAAACAUCAAGACAAUCCACACAUUAUUGGUCCACAAGCUGUUGAUCGCGCAUUAAAUCUCUAAUAUUUAACUUUUUAUUUAAUUCUAGUGUCUAAACUCUAUUAUUGCAAAGUUUCAUGAAAAUUCCGUUCCAUAGUUCUUGCGUGAAAGAGACACAAACACAUAAACAUCGUUACAAACUUUUGGUAUUUAAUUAUUCAAGUAGUAUUUAAUUUGGCAGACUCGACGCUUGUUAGCAUUCUGUGAUAGAAACAGCAGAUAAAAUCUUAACAUUCAUGAAUACUUAUAAAAAAAUUAUAUCUUAAAUGUGAUGUGUAAGAUAGGUAAGCGGAAUCAGGUAUGUUCCUUUCUAACUAUUUAGCGGGAGCUAUGUCCAGCCCUCACCGCCACAAAAAAGAUUUUACAACACAGGUGGACAAAGAUUUGAUACAUUACUUCACUAAACGAAAUUACAUGAAAGAUAAAGAACAAUCGGCACGACUCUAUUUUAUUAAAUGAUUAUAUUCCAAUUUUGUCUAUUUAUUUAUGUAAAUACAUGUUUUUUAUAAUUUUUAAGUCUAUGUACAUUUUACUAGACUGAAAAGUCGCUUAGUCAAUCAAAUACUUGUAUCUACUUUGUAAAUAGGUAAUGUAUACUUUUGCUUUGAGUUUAAUUUUUGUGGUGUUGUAGUUAUAUAGCAUAGAUAUAAAAAAAAUUAUUGUUGAAUUGAUGCUCUGUAUGUGUUUAGGGCUGACAAUAAGAAAAAACAAAAAAGUUAUUUUAAUAAGCCUCCGGAAAUCAAAUAAACAAUCAAUGAAAAGUAAACAAACAUUAAUUAACAAUUUGUUGACUAAUCAAAAUUAUUUCAUAAAAUGUUUUAGUCUAGUUAUUUAUUGUAUACUAUAGGUACAUAGAAUAAAUAAAAUGAUUUGUAAAUAUGAUGAAAAUUCAUCGUAAAGCAUAAAUUCUAAAGUGAUGUACAUAAAUUAGUGAUUAUUUAUUUUAUUUUAUUUAUCGUCUGUGAUAAUGUAUAUUCGUCAUUAUUAAAUGUUAUUAUAUAAAAGCUUUAUAUUGAGAUAUGUCAUUUGGAUGAAAGACGCUUACACGCUGUGCACAUAGCACAAAAAUUAUCUUUGCUAGAUUUUUGUUGAUUUAUGAAUGUGGAUGGAGCAAAAAAAUUUAGAACAAUUGUAAGUGGAAAGAUCUACCUUGUAUUGCCUAUCACUCCGUGAAAGAGGCGUAAUUUGUAGGUAGUAGUGAAUGUCAAAAUAGUAUCUGCAAUUCAGACUUUCUUGAGCAGCCUCAUAACCUAUCCCUGGGUGGUAUACUGUGGCUCAGCAAUCCGAAGUGAUCUUUGUUUGAUGACGUCAUUUCUUGUUGUCUUCCACUGAUGAAUCUGAAGUCUUACAGAAUACUCUAACGAUACCCAUCGGCCACUUGGUUAACCCAUGUUUGCUUUUCAUGGCAACAUUUCUUCUUCACAAUUAUUUUUUUAUUUUUACAUUUAAUAUUUACGGAGUACAAUUUUUUGCCUGUUAGAUACAUACUUUAUGUAUCUAACAGGCAAAAAAUUGCCAAAAAAUUGCUUGUACUCCUUGCUCACAUGUUACAAAACAUUUUAAUCGUCCUGCUAGCUUUUGUCCCAGAUUCAAUAAAAAGUUGCUUUGCCUAGCGUUUAGAAAGAAAUUCAUUCAUCCAAAAUUUCGCUUUCAUUUGCAAAUGGUAAGUACCGUUGGGGGCAAAAACUAAUUACUUUUUCAUAUACUUAUUUAUAUCGAUCGUGAUUAGUUAUAUCUGCUCUUGCCCAGCUGGAUUUCGAAUAAAUAUUAUUAUUGACUGAACAGAGUAAUCUCAUAACAUACUUAUAUUUAAAAAAAACGAUAACAAUAAAUUAAAAAAAAACUUUUUUUAUGCUUAGUAACCAAUUUUAAUUUUACAUUUUUAUGUUUCUGCUAAUGAAAGCGAUUCGUUUGUUAAUGAAGUGAAACUAAGUUAUAUAAAAAUGUAUCCUUGUAAAGUCGCUUGUAACAUUUUCACAAGACAGUUAUUAUUAUAAUAAGAAAGUGUAGCGUAUCUGUUUGUACUAGUUUUACCAAUUUAGGUUUAUAGGCUUUGUGUAAGCUUUGCUCCCAUUUAAGGGGUUGGUGAAUCUCAUCAAAUUUAGGAUAAAAACCUUUCUUUCUCUCUCUUAAUAAUUUGAAAACAUUUUCUCCUGUAUCAAAAUUAGUUUAAAUAAAGUAUAAGGUUUUAAAAAUUUAA